CAUUUUUAUGCUAUAUUCUGGCUCUCAGGGCGUAACCACAAACCCAAACAUCAAGAAAGACUCUAAUGACGAAAGAGAUCAUGCUCUCUCAGAUAAAGCGAUCCAAAGAAACAACUACUGCUUAGUCUAUUAUGUGUUUUCUCUGUGAAUCAUUUGCAUUAGCUUGUGGUUGACUGGAACGCAACAGGGUAGCCCAAAUGCUCUAAAAGGUGUCAAAAUGUCGGUGCUGCUCAAGUUGGCCACGAUCUUGCACUACAGCCUCAGAAACAAGCUGAUACGAGACAAGACUCUUGCUCUGGCCACCAUCGACGUGACUUCGUGGGUGUUCCAUUUGUGCACUAUGGGAUGCCAUUACAAAAUAAUUAGCAGCUUUGUGAAGACUCCUGUACAAUGUUUAGAGACGGCUCCAUUGGCUUGGCUCAGCCUGCUCAUGGUUUCAGUCGAAGCUGUGGUGUUAAUUUGCACAAUUGGGAUCUUGCUGAUUUGUCGACUGAUAAAAUUUACCAAUAAACCCUUAAAUAUAUCGACUCAGCACUUUGUGACGAAAGAUCAGCAACUAGUCACAGAACUCGUGAGACUCAAGAAAUUUAAGAAUGAGUGUUGUUGUGCAAAGUGUGAUGUUUGAAUCAGUCUUAUGCAAGCAGAAAAUGAGCUGAUCAAAUCAACACACAACCGGAGUCACAAUCUUUAUGAAUCUUGUUCAGACAUGGAGUUCGAUUCUCUAACUAAUAGUAGUCUCGGAGACAAUGAACCAGACAUCAACAUCCAAGGAUUACCAAGCAAAAUGACAGAAAAUGAUUCUUGUGUGCCAAAGAAAAUGCUAACUGAAGUUGAUCCAACAAAAUAGAGAAGGUUAGUUAUGAAAUUUGCCAGCGUGGCAUUCAUAUUACAUCAUUCUACCUAAUUUCAAUCUUC